AUGGAACCUCCAUUGCCAGAAUUUGCAUUCGGGAAUUAUUACUUGUCUCUCGAAGCCUUUCCAACUUUAAACGAGAAAGGAGAUUGUAACGACCUCGGAAGGCAGCUAAGAGAAGAACUAAACAAAGUGGACAAUGAUUUUAUUGUGAAGCUUCGAGAAAGCAGAGAAUGGAACCCUAAUGGAGAAGAGACGACCGAUAGCGCUAUUGAUGAGGAAAAUGAGAUGGUGGUGUUUUUGUUCACUUCACUGUGUAGGUUUCCGGUGUACGAGGUUGAUUUUGGAUGGGGGAAUCCCACAUGGGCAGGACCACCCACCUGGAAAUUCAAGAAUUUCGUUACUUUUAAAGACACAAGAUCCGGUGGUGGCAUUGAAGCCUAUGUUAACUUCACAGAGGAUGAUAUGGGCAAAUUUGAACUUGACCAAGAGCUUCUUGCCCAUGUUUCUACCACUAUGGGGUUGACCUAA